AUGUCCACUCAGAAGUCAUCGUUCUCAAAUAGGGGCUUCCAAAUCCACCAGUCUGUAAUUCGGCAUCCUGGCGGAGGAGCACACGACCGAAUUAUACACAUAGUCAACCGCGCUCUCAGGGGCGUGCGUUCGGGCGAGCAUGCGGCACCUCACGGCGAUGCAGCCGGGAAACGGCCAGCACUCACCCUCGAUCUUAGCUUCCAGGGGAUGCAGCAUAUUCCCGAAGACGUCGUUGAUCUGACCAAGGAGGACCUAGAAUGGCUCACGAUCUCCCACAAUCUUUUGACCUGUCUGCCGACUCGGUUUGGAGCCUGCAUGAAUCUCCGAUAUCUGGAUAUUAGCAACAAUGAUCUCAACGAGUUCCCAUUAUCUAUCUGCCAGCUGAAGUCUCUAGAGAUCUUAAAUGUUGCUCAUAAUUCACUCGGGAACAUCCCUGAUCAGAUUGUUUUACUUUCAUCACUCAAAGCACUCUUUCUUCAGGGCAAUCAGAUUGGUUCAUUGCCACUCAGUAUCGGGUUGAUGGAGUCAUUGCAGCUCAUCAAGAUCAGCGGAAACCCCAUUGAGUACCCCCCGCCGGAGGUCCUAAACGUACCCAACCAUGCAGAAGAAGCAGAUGCCAUCGUCACCGCACGGAUCAUGAGUUUCUUCAGGUGUGAUGCGUACCCUCAGCUUCUCAUCCCAACUGGCAAUCUCGAUCUCAUCGAUGCCGCGGAUGCUGUGGCCAGCUGUCUGCCUCGUUUACAAAGACUCCUCUCAAUCGACCGCUUUGCUAGGUUGACGCGGCAUCAAUUUAGCACGGUGUCAAACUUGGAGCGCUUG